AUGUACUACUAACCUACUCCUAUUAAUUGGCAAAAUUAUCACUUCCUCAUUAUGAGUUCUCCCGACAAUGACUCCAUGAAAAAGUGCAUUAAGGAUUUAAAAACCCACAAGGUUAAAUUAUUGGUGAGAACUUGUGAAAAAACAUAUGAUGAAUAGCCCAUAAAAGAUGCAGGCAUAGAAAUACAUGAGAAUUAAUUCCCAGAUGGGUAGCUUCCUUCUAAAGAUACUAUAAAAAAAUGGCUGGCUACAGUUGAUGAAUUUUUUACUGAUGAAAAUAAUGGAUAAUCUCCAACAGCUAAUGCAACUGAUAAGGGUAUAAAUUCACAUUAAUUAUAUAAUAAUAUAGAGAAACAAACUAACAAGCCUAAGAAAUCUGGGGAUGAACUAAGAAUCGGGGUGCAUUGCGUUGCAGGAUUAGGAAGAGCUCCAUUUUUCGUUGCAAUAGCUUUAGUCAAUAAUGGCUGUACUCCAUCAAAUGCUAUCGAACUGAUAAGAAAAAAUAGACCAGGUGCACUAAAUCUUACCCAGGCAAACUACAUUUUAGAAUUCAAAGGAAUGUCAAAGAAGAAUAAGAACAAAGGGAAGGCAAACAGUAGCUGCAAGUGCAUUAUAUUUUGA